AUGUCAAAAUACGAAGCGGAGAUAGAGUUUUGCGGCCAAUUCAUGAAAUAUGGCUUAUUGCUCAUGAACUUGAUUAUCUUCAUUGGAGGGGCUGACAUAACGGCCUUAGCCGCAUUGGCCCUAGAUGACAAAAUACCAGCGAUAGGUGAACUCGUGGGGAACGAUCUACUAACCGGUUUACGUCUGGUUGGCGGGAUCGUUGUGGCGUUUAUAGCCUUCUUCGGAUGCAUCGGUGCAUCGCGUGAAGUCAAGUGUAUGAUUCUGACAUACUUCAUAGUCAUGCUUCUGCUGUUCGUCACCAUGAUCAUUGGCGGCGUUCUCGGAUACGUUUUCCGCGAAAAGUUGCUGAACGUCGACAAAGAGAUGAAGAGUUCCAUCCGAUCUUACGAUAGUUACAAG